UCGGGGCACGUGAUGUUGAUUAACCACCCUGCGGGGAGGCUGGGAAUGCCGCGCCGCGCCGGGGCUGCGAGCGAUCUGUCUGCAGACGCGCCGAGGCGAGGGCCUGGCUCGCAGGUGCUGGGGAGGGACUAGGGAGGAGUCGCCGCUGGGGCUUCCCUGCGCACGUGCGCUGCCGGGAUGCAGCUCCAGUAAAUGUCUUACCUGCCGGACUUGGAGCUCUUCACCAUGGGGAUGUGGUCUAUCGGCCUUGGGGCUAUUGGCGUAGCUGUGACAGGGAUUCUUCUUGCUAACACUGACUUGUUUCUCUCCAAACCGGAGGCAGCCUCGUUGGAGUUUUUAGAGACAACCGAGCUAAAAUCUCUGGGAGAAGCAGAAGAGAGAACAUUCAAGGCAGGUGAGCUAUGGAAGAAGAAUGGUGCAGUGAUCAUGGCUGUGCGGAGACCUGGAUGCUUUUUGUGCAGAGAGGAGGCUUCUGAGCUUUCCUCUCUCAAACCUCAGCUCGACCAACUUGGCGUCCCCCUCUAUGCUGUAGUGAAAGAAAAAAUUGGGACUGAAGUGGAGGAUUUUCAGCAUUAUUUCAAAGGGGAAAUAUUUCUGGAUGAAAAGAAAAAGUUCUAUGGUCCUCACAAGCGAAAAAUGCUGUCGAUGGGUCUUAUCCGCUUAGGAGUUUGGCAGAACUUCCUUCGCGCUUGGAAGAAUGGAUACAGUGGUAACCUGGAAGGAGAAGGUUUCAUCCUGGGAGGAGUUUAUGUGAUUGGUGCUGGGAAACAGGGUGUUCUCUUGGAGCAUCGAGAGAGAGAAUUUGGAGACAAAGUGAGCCUUCAGUCUGUCCUUGAAGCUGCUGAGAUGAUAAAACCACAAGCUGCAGACACUGACUAAUAGUUACACAUGUUCAGUCUUGGCUCGAAAAUGUAGAACAUGUCUGUAUGUGAACAUGCAGUGUAAUUGCUUUCUUAGACUAUUCAGUAAUAGCUCAGCUGGAGGAUUCUCUCUGAAACUAGUCAACAAAUGAACAACCUCUUUGAUGGUAGCUGACUUGUUUGUGCUUUGUAGCCCCUCAGGCACCCACUGUUUCUACUAGUUUUUUGUCUCUUACCGCAUUAAUGAAAGGCUGGGCCCAAAAUCUUAAGGCGUAACCUAGAUGGGUCCAGUUAGAGCCAGAAAAAUAAGAAUAUCUGGGUGCCUGGGGAGUAGGACAUUGCUAAAGCAGGAGUAAGUGAGGUUGAAAGAUAAUAAAAAUUAUGUAAAUGAAA